CCCCCGCGCUCCCCCAGUAAAUGACGUCGUCCAACUGGCGACGUCAAGCGUCCGCAGUAUGAAGACUCCGUCGUUCGAGCGACCCGGCAGUGGGAAAUGGAGCAGCAGCUUCGGCAUGUUACCUAAAUGCCUCUUCUUGCUUGCACUGACGCACGCUAAAACCAUGUUUUAAAAAUGGAAGGACUUGUCCGUUUGCGGUUUGAAAGAGUUCUCGUGAAACAAUGCUGACGACGCACCGGGUGCAAGGUCACACGACCUUGUCUAGGGGAAGGCUCCCUCCAACUCGUUCCAUGAAAAUGCCGAACAAUGAAGCCGUCAAGCAGCGUACUCGUCGUCCUUGUCUCCUUAACCUGUGUGCAUGAUAUGACGCUGGCCGGAUUUUUUUCUUUUGGAAAGAAAAAGGCUCCAGUCAGUUGCUCCAAGCCGCCGUAUCUCGGCCGUUGUGAAAGGACAAAUCGAGGUUGGUAUUUCGACCCGACAGUAGGCUGGUGCAAGAUGUUCAACUACGGCACUUGUGGUGGUGGCCUCAACAACUUUCUGUCUGAAACGCAGUGCCUGGAAUACUGCCUGCAAAAACGGCAACCUAAGACCGUCUGCAGCCUCCCGCCUAAAACUAGGCAAUGCUGGGGCAGCUCGCGCCACUGGUACUUUGAUCCCACGACAAACUCUUGCAAAAUGUUGCAAGGCAAGCUUUGUGCCGACAACGCAAACGGAUUUUCGACUUGCUCAAAAUGCUUGUCCAGAUGCAGCAGUACCAAACCGGAGACCAUCUGCCCAAGAAGCUCAAUGCAAGGCCAGAACACUGUGGGGUUGCCGGGUCAGCAAACCGCACAGAAAGCCCCAAUACUGAAUACGCAACCAAUUUGGCCCACACAACAAGGACACUCAGAAUUCACUAGCUGGUCGCCAGGUCGGCAAAACUCACAGGGAACCCGAAUGCCAUCGACGCAACCAAUUUGGCCCACUCAACAAAGACGCUCAGAAUCCACUAGCUGGCUGCCAGGUCAGCAAAACUCACAGGGAACCCGAAUGCCAUCGACGCAACCAAUUUGGCCUCCUCAUCAAAGCCACCCAGGAAACAAUAACUGGUCGCCGGGUUGGCAAAGCCCACAGGGAACCUCAAUGCCUAAUCCGCAACCAACUUGGUACCCUCCUCACGGGCGCUCAGAGAACAGCCACUUGUUUCCGGGGGGUCAAAACCCAAAGGAAACCAGAAAUAACAAUCGACAACCGAGCUUGCCCCCUGACCAAGGACGUUCUAAAGACUACAAUACAAGCAUGUAUGCUUUUCUUAAUUAAAAAGAAUGUCCUCUG